ACUUAAAAUUUUUAAUUGCCAAACAGUCCACUUAUUUUAGUCAAUUUCAUAUUGUUUUAGUCAACCCUACUAAUACUGUCAGACUUUUCCUGUUUUUGAAAUUGUCAGUAAUAUGUCAGAAAUUUUUUUUUUUUUUUUUUUUUGAGACGGAGUCUCGCUUUGUCCCCCAGGCUGGAGUGCAGUGGCGCGAUCUCGGCUCACUGCAAGCUCUGCCUCCUGGGUUCACGCCAUUCUCCUGCCUCAGCCUCCCAAGUAGCUGGGACUACAGGCGCCCGCCAAUACGCCCGGCUAAUUUUUUGUAUUUUUAGUAGAGACGGGGUUUCACCAUGUUAGCCAGGAUGGUCUCGAUCUCCUGACCUCGUGAUCCGCCCGUCUCGGCCUCCCAAAGUGCUGGGAUUACAGGCAUGAGCCACCGCGCCCAGCCAUAUGUCAGAAUUUUUGAUCAGCAAAAACCAAUGCAUCUUAAUUUAAAAAAAUAAAUUAGAAGCGGGGCUGCGAGGACAUAUUCCAAGGAAGCCAGAGCUGGAGUUGGGGCCAGCUGGGCCGGUGACAUGGAGCCCCUGAACCAGCAAAUGCACAAGCAGGUCCAUGAGAUCCAUUCUAACAUGGGACACUUGGAGACGGCAGACAAGCAGUCUGUGCACUUAGUAGAAGGUGAAAUCCAAGCAAGCACAGACCAGAUAUUCAGCCAUCUAGAACGUCUGGAGAUUUUGUCCAGCAAGGAGCCCCCUAACAAAAGGCAGAAUGCCAAACUUCGGGUUGACCAGUGUAAGUAUGAUGUUCAGCACCUGCAGACUGCUCUCAGAAACUUCCAGCAUCAGUGCUAUGCAAGGGAGCAGCAGGAGGGACAGCAAGAAGAGCUUCUAUCUCGAACCUUCACCACUAACAAUUCUCAAUUGCAAUCCUCUGACAACUAUUGAAGAUUAUUAUCUGUUUAACUUACUGGCAUUAAAAUAUCUCGACAUGGAAACAACACAAGUCCCACUUACAACAAUUGAGAACAUCCCCAUGAUGAUUCUUGAAUUGGAAAAACUAGCUGUCAGCUUCUCAGUCUGCACAAUUAAUCAAGAAACAAUGUGGAGCCACUGGUACAAAUAAUGAGGCAUCUCCCAGAAGUUUAACUUCCUAUCCAUCCAAUCUCUUGGACAGAUAAUGCCAGUUAAUUACUUUGAAUGUGGCUCUAAAAGCUGAGUUGGGGCCUGCUUUACGACUGCAGAUGGUUUGACCUUCUCAGGUGGCUCUGAUGGCUGAGCUGGUAUCUCCUGCUGCAGUGGAGGACUGACCUUUUCAGUGGACUUCGGAGGAUGACCUGAGGCUUCCUGCUGGGUUGCAGAUGGUUCAACCUCCUUAGGGGGCUCUGGUGGCUCAGCUGGGAACUCUGCUGGACCAGAGAAGGUUCUACCUCCUUCGGGGGGUCUGGAGUCUGAGCUGGGGCCUCUUGCUGGGCUGGAGAUUCAGUCCUUUCAGGAGAAUCCAGAGGUGAGGAAGGGGGAUCAGGCUGGGUUAGAGAAAAGUCAGCCUGCUCAGUGGGAAUAAAAGGGUUGUCCUGCUGGACUGGAGAAGGUUCAACCUCCAUAGUGACUGCUGUAGGUAUAGUAACCGCCAUAUCCACAUUUUUAACUGUGGUAUUAGGUAAAGUUGAAUUACUUCCGAAUAUUGAAGACAGAUUUAGGGGUGAAAAUACCAUCUCAUCAUUCAACGAACUUACAAAGUCAGAGGAGAGCUGAAUUGGAGGCUGAGUUGUGGGCUCUUGAUGGAGGAAGUUCAUCAUUUUCAGGGGUAUUUAGCUGCCGAAUUAUAAUCUCUUGCUAGUC